AUGCCUCUCUCAAGCCAUGUCAACCCAGAGGACAUCGUCCAACGGCUCCAGGCAGCUCACAUCACACCUGCUGGGCACGCUGGCGCCCUCAGCCAAGCCACCUCGACACACAUCCAACCCUAUGAUAGUCGCUACACCAGCCAAACAAACAUCCCAAAGUACAAGAUUCCCGAACAAGGCGCCCCGGGAGACACCGUUUUCCAGAUGAUCAGGGAUGAACUGGACCUUGACGGGAAGCCCAACCUCAACCUGGCGAGUUUCGUCGGCACCUGGAUGGAGCCUAACGCCACCCAGCUCAUGCAGGAGAACCUGUCCAAGAACUUGUCCGACGCAGACGAGUACCCUGCCAUGAUGGAUAUGCAUCAGCGCUGUAUCAGCAUCAUCUCGCAUCUUUGGGGCGUCCAACCCGGCGAAAAGGCCAUUGGCUCCGCAACCACCGGCUCGUCAGAGGCCAUUCACCUCGGCGGGCUCGCCAUGAAGCGGAGAUGGCAGAUCAAGCGCAAGGAGCAGGGCAAGGACGCGUCGAAGCCCAACAUCCUGAUGGGCUCCAAUGCGCAGGUUGCCUUGGAGAAGUUCGCUCGCUACUUCGAUGUCGAGGCCCGGAUCCUGCCCGUCAGUAAGAAGAGUCACUACCGUCUCGACCCCGCCCUGGUGAGGGAGAACGUUGACGAGAACACUAUUGGCGUUUUCGUAAUCCUCGGCAGCACUUAUACGGGCCACUACGAGCCCGUCGAAGAGAUCUCUCAGAUUCUUGACAAGUAUCAGGAAGAGACGGGCAUCGAUAUCCCCAUCCAUGUCGACGCUGCGUCUGGCGGCUUUAUUGCCCCUUUCACGCAUGCUGGUGUUGGCGGGUCCAAGUGGAACUUCGAGCUUCCUCGUGUCAAGUCGAUCAACGUAUCUGGCCACAAGUAUGGCCUCGUCUACGCCGGCCUCGGCUGGAUCAUUUGGCGUGACCAGUCCUUUCUGCCAGAGGACCUUAUCUUCGAGCUGCACUACCUCGGCGGCACCGAAAAGUCCUUCACCCUAAACUUUUCCCGCCCGGGUGCCCAAGUCAUUGUCCAGUACUACAACCUCAUCCACCUAGGCUUCGAUGGCUAUCGCUCAAUCAUGGAGAACUGUCUUUCCAACGCUCGCCUCCUUUCUCAAAGCCUCGAAGCUACGGGCUGGUACACUGUCAUGUCCGAUAUUCACCACCCUGCCCCCCACAAGGCUGCCAGCCAUGCCGCCAAGUCGAUCGUCAAGCAGGCAGCUAGCACUGUCGGAGGCGAAAAUGCUGGUCCGAGUGAGACGUCCGCCGAUUACGUCGCUGGUCUUCCCGUCGUCUCUUUUGGUCUGACGGACGAGUUUAAGAACAAGUACCGGCACAUCAAGCAGGAGACCAUCUCACUCAUGCUCCGCGCCCGCGGCUGGAUUAUUCCCAACUACCCGCUUCCGCCCAACGAGGAGAAGAUUGAAAUUCUCCGCGUGGUGGUUCGCGAGACCAUGACCUUUGACUUGCUCGAACACCUGAUCACGGACAUCGUCGAGGUCACGGAAACGCUCAUCGAGCAUGACGAGAUUGAUCUGCAAGCUUUGAAGAAGCACCACAGCCGCAGGCGGGUGCGUGCCAAGGGCGAUGAUGAGAAAAACAAGAAGAAAGAGGGCGCAGCCAAGGAGAUUGGAAAGGAAGUCAGGUCAAUGGAGGACGGUAUUCACCGUGCCGUGUGUUAA